AUGGAAUCUAAUUCAGGUAUGCCCUUCCCAAAAUUUUUAACAGUUGCCACCAUAAUUCAUCUUCCACAUUUCUACCUAGACGGCAAUGUGAGUAAUUAUACUUCAUAUUCAGGAUUUGAAGCAAAGUUUUUGAAAACAUUAUCAGAAGUUUUAGGAUUCGGCUACGAAGUCAUUCUGCCUCCAGAUGGAGAGUGGGGUCGUUUGAAGGAAGAUGGAAACUGGACUGGUCUCGUAGGAUUGGUUCAAAGAAGUGAGGCAGAUAUGGCUUUGUGUUGGCUGGCUUUUACAGAACAAAGACUCCAAGCAGUCGAUUUCAGCGAAUCUUACAGUGCAGAUCGUAUUCAAUUCAUAACUCAUGCAGCGGGAUCAAAAGAUAAGAAUCGAGUUUACUUAUAUGCAUUUCAGCAUACCGUAUGGAUAGCCGCUUUGUUUUCACUUGUGUUAGUGGCUACAGCAUUAAGUUUUAUCUCAAAGAAACAGCAAUAUUUUUUAAAGGUUCCCACGGAGCUGAUUGGAAGUAUAUUAAGACAGCCCCUUGGUUUGAAAACGAAUAUUUUAAGUGAAAGCAUGAUCGUCAUCUUCUGGUUGCUAUUCGCUUUUGUAUUGUCGUCAGCAUAUACCUGUGGUAUCUCGUCUUUUUUUAACUAUUGCUUUAAAGAACCUACCAGUGAGGAAUUUCCUCGAAUUAGCACAAGAGGUGGAAAAAGGAACUUAUAAAUGUUUUAUCAGACACGGUUCAGCUGCUUUGAAUCAGCUCAAGCAAUCCGAGAGCAAGCAUCAUAAGCUUCUUGCUGAGUACAUCGAAAAACAUCAAUGGACUUCAAAUGAUCCUAAAUUUACAGCCGUUUUCGAGAAGA